CUCCAUUCCACAGUCUAUCCAGACUACUCUGUCAACCUCAUCUUCUUACCUUGGGCAUCCCUGCCUUGUGUAUUUGGCUUUACAAGACAAUGAGCGGGGAUCACGGUGAAAGAGACUCGCAGGUCAAUUCUGGGUCUCGAGCCAAUGACUCUCACAAACACAAGGACAAGCACAAAGACAAAGAACACAGGCACAAAGAGCACAAGAAAGACAAGGAGAGAGAGAAAGCCAAGUACAGCAACAGUGAACACAGGGAGCACUCUGAAAAGAAGCACAGAGACAAAGAGAAGGAAAAGGAGAGGUUGAAGCACAGCGACGGGAGUGUCGACAGGCACAGGGAGAAACAGAAGGAGGAGGAGAGGUUGAAGCACAGCGACGGGAGUGUCGACAGGCACAGGGAGAAACAGAAGGAGGAGGAGAGGUUGAAGCACAGCGACGGGAGUGUCGACAGGCACAGGGAGAAACAGAAGGAGGAGGAGAGGUUGAAGCACAGCGACGGGAGUGUCGACAGGCACAGGGAGAAACAGAAGGAGGAGGAGAGGUUGAAGCACAGCGACGGGAGUGUCGACAGGCACAGGGAGAAACAGAAGGAGGAGGAGAGGUUGAAGCACAGCGACGGGAGUGUCGACAGGCACAGGGAGAAACAGAAGGAGGAGGAGAGGUUGAAGCACAGCGACGGGAGUGUCGACAGGCACAGGGAGAAACAGAAGGAGGAGGAGAGGUUGAAGCACAGCGACGGGAGUGUCGACAGGCACAGGGAGAAACAGAAGGAGAAAGACAAAGAGAAGAGAAGAGAGGAAAAGGUCAAAUCCUCCCAUGUUGAAGGAAAGCCCAAGAAGGAGAAAGAAAACGGUCAUGCAAGGGAGAUGUGGAGCAGCCCCAGCCCCAGCCCUCCUGCCAUUAAGAGUGAACCAGAGGAGGACAACGGCUUGUACCCCUCUCCCAAACACAACAAGACUCUGAAGAGAGAGAGAGAUGAGGAGGAAUUUGAAUACAAGCCCAAAAAGAUGAAGACAGAGAAUGGCAAGAAGGCAAAGAAGAGAAAACAGGAAUAUGAAGACGAGGAGGAGGAAGAGGAAAUAAAACCCAAGAAGAAGGCGAAAGACAAGAAAACCAAGAAGGAACCAGAGGAGAAGUGGAAAUGGUGGGAGGAGGAGAGAUCUACUGACGGCUCCAAAUGGAAGUUUCUGGAACACAAGGGACCUGUUCUUGCUCCUCCAUACGAACCCCUACCCGGCCAUGUCAGGUUUUUCUACGAUGGUAAGCCCCUGAGACUAAGUGCCCCUGCAGAGGAGGUGGCUACGUUCUUUGCUAAGAUGCUGGACCAUGAGUACACAACCAAGGACAUGUUUAGAAAGAACUUCUACAAGGACUGGAGAAAGGAAAUGACAUCGGAGGAGAAGUCAAAGAUCACAGAUAUAAAUAAGUGUAACUUCACAGAGAUGAGCGAGUACUUCAAGGCCCAAUCAGAGGCCCGGAAACAGAUGUCCAAAGACGAGAAACUGAAAAUCAAAGAGGAGAAUGAGCGUAUCCUCCAGGAGUAUGGCUUCUGUGUGAUGGACAACCAUAAGGAGCGAAUUGGAAACUUCCGCAUCGAGCCUCCCGGUCUGUUCAGGGGGCGUGGGGACCACCCAAAGAUGGGCAUGCUGAAACGCCGCAUCCGCCCUGAAGACAUCAUUAUCAACUGCAGCAAAGAUUCCAAGCACCCCAAGCCGCCCCAGGGCACGCGCUGGAAGGAGGUUCGUCAUGACAACAAGGUCACAUGGCUGGUGUCGUGGACUGAGAACAUCCAGGGUUCUAUCAAGUACAUCAUGCUCAACCCCAGCUCCAGAAUCAAGGGCGAGAAGGACUGGCAGAAGUAUGAGACGGCCCGGAGGCUGAAGAAGUGUGUGGACCGCCUGAGGGCGCAGUACAGAGAGGACUGGAAGUCUAAAGAGAUGAGGAUCAGACAGAGAGCUGUGGCUCUCUACUUCAUAGACAAGCUGGCCCUGAGGGCAGGGAAUGAGAAGGAGGAGGGGGAGACGGCUGAUACAGUUGGCUGCUGCUCCCUGAGGGUGGAACACAUCAAGCUGUACCCCAAGAUGGACGACCAGGAGUAUGUGGUGGAGUUUGACUUCCUGGGAAAAGACUCCAUCAGAUACUACAACAAGAUGCCUGUGGAGAAGAGGGUGUUUAAGAACCUGCAGCUGUUCCUAGAGAAUAAGCAGCCUGAGGACGACCUCUUCGACAGACUCAAUACUUCUAUUCUGAAUAAGCACCUCCAGGAGUUGAUGGAUGGGCUGACAGCCAAAGUGUUCCGUACGUACAAUGCCUCCAUCACCCUGCAGCAGCAGCUCAAAGAGCUCACCAGCCCGGACGAGAGCAUUCCUGCUAAGAUCCUGUCCUACAACAGAGCCAACCGGGCGGUGGCUAUACUGUGCAACCACCAGAGGGCUCCACCCAAGACCUUUGAGAAGUCCAUGCAGAACCUGCAAACCAAGAUAGAUGAGAAGCAGAAGCAGCUGUCGACCACCAGGAAACAGCUGAAGGGGGCCAAGACAGAGCACAAGGCUUCACAUGAUGACCGGAGCAAAAAGAUGGUGGAGGUGAAGAGGAAGGCGGUCCAGAGGAUAGAGGAACAGCUGAUGAAGUUACAGAUGCAGGCCACAGACAGAGAGGAGAACAAGCAGAUCGCCCUGGGAACCUCCAAACUCAACUACCUGGACCCACGCAUCUCUGUGGCAUGGGUUAAGAAAUGGGACGUUCCCAUAGAGAAGAUCUACAAUAAAACCCAGAGGGAGAAAUUUGCCUGGGCCAUCGACAUGGCCGAAGAAGACUAUGAGUUUUAGAUCCUAUUCUGUAGUUUUAUCCCUCUGUUGUAUUCUUGUUUAAUUUUAGAAGUAUGUGUAGUUCAUGUGAUUGAUUCCACAUUCUUAGCGAUUGACCAGGGUCCUGUUUGAAGCAUGUACUGUAUCCUUCCUUCCUCCCUUGAAUUGAACGCAGAUCUGAUAGUAUUGGUUAAAGCAGUAUGGUAGAAACCUUGCUUACACGUAUCCAAUCACAUGCAAAUCAGUGAUGAGGAAUAAAGUAGUGCAUUGGCCAAGUAUUCAAACAGGGAUCACACCCUGGGUCUUACUGCAGCGCAAAGUAUAGUAGUGUGUUAGACCAAAACUAGUUGACUUGACCUUUCAACCUUAUCAGCUUCUGUGAUUUUCAGCUAGCUAAUAGAAGUACUGUAAAUGCCGGCUUUUUCUAUUGAUUUAUGCUCCAAUAUCUUAGUCAUCAAAUGUAUUGAUAAAUUCUAUAUUUUGAAAUAUUAAUGAAUUAAUCAAAGAAUUCCCUAAGGAGCGGCACCUUCACACCUUGUGGAAAGAGACAGAGCAGUGGUAUGGUGUGUGUGUGUGUGUGUGUGUGUGUGUGUGUGUGUGUGUGUGUGUGUGUGUGUGUGUGUGUGUGUGUCGCAAGUGUUUAAUUGUGAAUGAGUGCACCAUUAUUAAUGAUUUAUGAACUUUGAAAUCUGUAUGAAGAGUGAGGAGAAGAAAAUGGGGAUGAUGUUUAUAAUGGAGGAUGAUGGUGAUUAAGACACAACCAAGCACUAUGCUCAUGUAAUUCUAGCACAUAGAAUGUGAAUUUGUUUUUCAUUGGUUUAAUUUUGCUGUUUAUUUCAGGGAUGUAUAUAUUUCUUGUCUGUUUUCAGUAUGUACUUGUAUGUUAUUCUGUGUUUUGUAGUAUGUGUAUCCUUCGUGUUGUCACCAGGCCUCCCUACCUGUAGAUAGAUAUCUUUUCACACGUUUUGCUGAAUGAAAACGAUUCCGCUGUAUGUUACUUGAAGAAAUGGCUAUAUAAAAAUGUACUGUUUUGGUGCCUGUUUUGUGUAGAUACAAAUGACUGCUUGCUCUUUUAAAAAGAGAAAAAUAGAAAUGUGUGAGGGAUAUGGAUUUUGCCAAAAACAAAAUGAAAACAACUGUUACAUAAACAUCUAUCAUUAAUUAAAGAUUUUAGGGUGUUUCUUUUUUUUGUACUGCUGUAAACAAUGUGGAAGAAAUAUGUCCUCUAUGAAAUGAUUGUUUAAUGUGAAUAAGCAUUAACAUAACAUUAUUAAAUUAGCAUUAUUACCACUAAGCACAUAUUUAGCAUUAAUGUAACUAGCCAAUAGCCUUUCUUAACCCUUUAACCAUCCUAUUCAUUUUUAGUUUGUUUGUUGUUUGCUUAUUAUUUUGGCUUUGUAGAUAAUUUGAGAAUAAAACAUACAACUCAUCAUA